UCCCCUCCACCUCUUCUUCACACACACAUUUCUUACUUACUAGGCAUAUACAAAACUUGUUCUAUUUCUUAAUAACAUAACGAAAAUGGGAAGAUCAACUUGCUGCGAAAAGAUAGGGCUCAAGAGUGGGAAAUGGACAGUCGAAGAAGAUGAAAAAUUGGUUAAGUACAUUCAAUCCAAUGGGGAAGGUUCUUGGAAAUCUUUACCUAAAAAUGCAGGUUUACUGAGAUGCGGAAAAAGUUGUAGACUGCGAUGGAUAAACUACUUAAGGGGAGACUUGAAAAGAGGCCAUUUCAGCGUCAAAGAGGAUGAAAUGAUCGUAAUGUUACAUAAAUCAUUUGGAAACAGGUGGUCUAUGAUUGCUAGUCAUCUACCCGGCCGAACAGAUAACGAGAUUAAAAACCACUGGAACUCUCGUCUAAGUCGCCAGAGUUAUCGUUUCUUGAAGAAUGCAUCAUUAGACGUAUCCACUCUAGUUAACCAAAAGAAACGAAGACUUGGUCGUGUUAGCCGUAGUGUCGCAAAAAAGUAUAACCAGAAUAUGUUUUCCAGGAAUAACAACUCACCUUCUUUACCAAAGGUGAUGGAGAAACAAGUCCAUGAGAACUUGGAGAAUUGUUCAAAUGUUCUUACAACAUAUGUCAAAGAUAAUCAAGUUCAUGAUAAUGUUAUUAGUGGCGACUUGGAGUCGAAACAGUUCGAGUUUGAAGAUGAUGAAGUGUUCAACAUCCACUAUUUUUUGGAGGGUGAAGCUAUGGAUUCAAGUGGAGUUUUAAGCAUGCCUGAUGAAUAUCAGAUAGAACAAUGGUUGAGAGAAAUUGAAGAUGAAAAUGUUGGCAAGAAUGAAAGGAAUGUUGAUGAGAGAGAAGAUGAAAGCUUGAGCUUUUAUUUGGAGGGUGAAGCUAUGGAUUCAAGUGGAGUUUUAAGCAUGCCUGAUGAAUAUCAGAUAGAACAAUGGAUGAGAGAAAUUGAAGAUGAAAAUGGUGGCAAGAAUGAAAGGAAUGUUGAUGAGAGAGAAGAUGAAAGCUUGAGCUUAGAUUCAUUAAAAACAAUGGGGGUAUCAUGGUACGAUGAGACUGAAUGUGAUAUUGACUUCGGGUUUACAGGGUUGAAUAUGUGUGAUGAAGAAGAUGACAUGUUGCAUUGGCUUUGGGAAGGUGGCAACCAUUAAGCACAUCAAUUAUUUGGAAGUUAAUAAUGGAAAAUGUGUUUUUUUUUUCAUGUGAGAUUUAAAAGUUUAAGUCCAGAAUUUAUCAUUUGAAUAUAACGAGUUAUGAAAA